AGUUAGCUUUAGGAAUAGGUUUCCAGUUUUGGUUAGGAUAAAGGUUAAACUUCUCUCUAGCAAAAGGAUAUUUUUAGUCAUGUGUGCCGCCCUCGCUGUCGCUGACCCAACCACACAUUUACUGCUUUCCACACACACUGUUCCUCACUUCCCAUCUCCUUAUACCCACAACCUCUGGCCAUCAGUCUAAACUAUAUGUUCUUCGUAAAAGACAGGUCUACUCUUCACUGCUAUUACUGUUACUUUCAUCACAUUUCAUCGGCACCUUUUUGAGGAACUAAAAUAAAUACAGCAACCCAGAACCUUGACUUGAAGUUGUCUAAAACGUUCUGUCCAGCUUCCAGGAAUCAGCAUGAACACCACAGCGGUGGCACUGACAGCUCUUACUGUUUUACACUCUGUGAUGUCUGCAGGAGUCAGAGUGAAAGCACCACUAGGAGGAAACGCUUCGGUCCACUGUCCGUAUCAAAGAGGAAGUGAGCUGUACCCAAAAUACUUCAGCAAAGGCAGAGAAAAGGUUGAGAUGGUGAAAGCGAAGUCCACAACAUGGUCCAUGGAGGGUAGAUUCUCGCUGGAGGAUGACAGAGAGAAGAGGGAGUUCACCGUGACCAUCAGGAACCUCAGUGUAGAUGAUACUGGUGUGUACUGGUGUGGAGUGGAUGACUGGGGGCCAGACACGCUCACAGAGGUCCUCCUGGAUGUAGUGGCACAUGUUCUAUUCAGCACAGAAUCCUCAAACACCCAGAAUGGUGAGGAACAGGGAUAUGUGACAGUUCCCCCCACCGAUGUUAGUAAAUGCACUGUUAAGUACAUUACAUUCAUUGUGGGUUUGGAAGGAAUUUAGUUAGCCUCAAAUCUUAGACAGCCAAAAGACACUUUUCUGCUUUCUAUUAAUUUUAUUUCAUCUUGAAAAAAGUUUCAAUUUCACUUCUGGACUGUACUAUACUGGUGUAGACCCUCAGUCCAAGGACCUGCAUAGAAACCCAGGGGACUGAUAGGUAGAGGUUAAGUUGGACCAGAACAUUCUAGAAUAGCAUUCUGUCAGAACAGAACAAUAAAAUAAAAGCCUGGAGAUGAGACAGGCUGUGUGGAGUCACUACAACAUAGAAAGUAUCAUUUCAGUGGAUUAUGGUAUAGUUAUGUUCCCUGACUAA